AUGCUCAACCAGGUCGAGAUCAAGGCGACGACGUCCAAGAACAAGUUUUACCGCCUCCAGCUGCUCUCGUACCCUGGCACGGAGCGCUACGACGUCUGGACGCGCUGGGGGCGCGUCGGCGAGGACGGCGACUGCAUGCUCUUGGCCAAAGGCGCGUCGUGGGACCUCGGCAUAGCGACCGCGGCCUUUGAGAAAAAGUUCAAAGACAAGACCAAGAACCUUUGGGCCAACCGUGCGAGCUUCGUGCCCAAGAAAGGCAGCUACGAGAUCAUCGAGUUGGAUGCCAAGGCGAGCGCGGCGACCACUAUGGGCAUCGUGGGCAGUGACACCGCGCCGUCAUCCCUGCCACUCCCCACGCAGCACCUCCUGCGCAUGAUCUUUGACACCAACAUGUUCAAGGACGCCUUGUCGCAGAUGAAUCUGGACCCGGCGCGCAUGCCGCUCGGCACGCUGAGCGCGUCGCAGAUCGCAAAGGGCGUCGCGAUCCUCGAGAGUCUCCAAGCACGCACCGGGGGUUCUAUCGCCGAGCUCUCGUCCAAGUUUUACCAGCUCAUUCCGCACGCGUUCAGUCGGUCGUCGAUCCCGCCGCUGCUCAAGUCGCCCGACCAGAUCGCUGCCAAGUUUGAGAUGCUCUCGACGCUCCACGACAUCGUCGUUGCCCAAGACGUCCAGAAAGCGGCGUCGGCCUCGGCGUCGGCGGCCGCGAACCCGAUCGACCUCAACUACACCGAGCUCCACGCCGACAUCCGCCUCGUCGACGACGCGAGCCCCGAGUACGCGACGCUGCUUACGUACAUUACGCAGACGCGGGGUGGCGACGGCAUGGACGUGGCGGGUAUCUGGGCCGUCAAGCGGUCCACGGAGGACGCUCGGUUCGCGCCGUUCCAGGACGUCGACAACCACCGCCUGCUGUGGCACGGUACCAACGUCGCCGUCGUCGCGGCGAUCCUCAAGUCGGGUCUGCGCAUCAUGCCGUCGUCGGGCGGUCGCGUCGGGAAGGGCAUCUACCUCGCCAACAUGCUCGCCAAGUCCCGCUCGUACGUCUCGCCGGCCAACUACAAUGGCGAGCGUCUCGGCUGCGUCUUCCUCGUCGAGGCCGCGCUCGGUCGCAUGCACGAGAUCACGCACGAUGACUCGUCCUUGAAGCGCGCGCCGGACGGCUUUGACUCGGUUUUGGCCAAGGGCAAUGUGCACCCGGACCCGGCACACGACCAGACGCUCGACUUUGACGGACGCCCCGUCACCGUCAACUGCGGCCCACAAGUCAAGUCGGAAGCGUCGUCGUCGUUUUAUCAUGACGAGUACCUCGUGUACAGAGAGGAGCAGCAGCGCCUCCGGUAUAUUGUGACAUUUAAAAUGUAA